GACUCAGUCCGGGAAUCAGCCCGUUUGCAGAUAGAUGCUUUGUUUUGAUGGUCUUGCUCGAUGAAUUUUCUUAUUAAAGGAUCGUUAGGAAGCAACUGAUUUUUAUAAAAGGCAAAAGUUGCAUUAAUAAAAAUUGAUUUCAUGUAAUGUUAUGGGUCAGCAUUAAGGAAAUAAAAAUGAAAUUAAUUUGGAAUUACGUUUUAAUCAACAUAAUGACCGUAACUCUUGCUGAUAGUCAAGGGGUGCGAAGAGUCAUGACUAGAGCAAUUGGCACAAAAUAUGGUUCCAUAAGAGGCCUAUCAGUGCAACUUCCUAACCGUAAUGUUGGACCGGUGGAAGUGUUCCUUGGCAUUCCCUACGCCCUGCCACCAGUUGGACAGAUGCGUUUUAUGCCGCCGGCUAACCCCAGUUCAUGGCGAGGGGUCCGAACGGCUGACCGGUACGGGCCAGUGUGCCCCCAGCGAUAUCCGGACAUUAAAAAUGAAACAGAAUCCUUACGUCAUAUGCCAACUGGAAGACUUGAAUAUUUGAAGAAACUGAUUCCGUUUCUUCGCAAUGAAAGUGAAGAUUGCCUCUACUUGAACGUUUAUUGCCCAGAAAAACGAGACGGAUCUCGACUCCCAACAAUUGUUUUCUUGCAUGGAGAUUCAUACGAGUGGAGCUCUGGCAAUCCGUAUGACGGCACAAUACUCGCUGGCUUUGGAGAGGUUAUUGUCAUCACUCUUAAUUACAGACUUGGUAUUUUAGGUUUCUUGCCAGCUAUGGAAACUACUUCCAGAGGCAAUUAUGGGUUGAUGGACCAAAUUGCUGCUCUUCAUUGGGUUCAAGAAAAUAUUGCCCAAUUCGGAGGGGACCCAAGAAAUAUUACAUUACUUGGACACGGCUAUGGUGCGUCUUGUGCUCAUUUGCUUAUGUUUUCGCCCAAGGCUAAAGGCCUGUUCCAGCGAGUAGUUCUUCAAAGUGGGUCCGCCUUUAGUCCGUGGGCCUUGGCACAUGAAGCAAUGACAUUCACUCGCCAUGUAGCUCGCAAACUCGGUUGUCCGGUGCUCGACCAUCCUGCUCUCGUACGCUGUAUGCGACAACGCCCACUUUCGGAUAUCAUGAGAGUUCAGUUACUUGUUCCUGAAUAUCUUACUGCAUUUGGACCCAUGGUCGACGGAAUAAUUAUACCAGCAGAUCCCGAAAAGAUGCUUUUGAAUCCACCACCUGAACUCUUGUCUGGACACAAAGUGGAUGUUCUGAUUGGUGUUACCAGAAUCGAAUCAUUUUUCUACUUUGGAGCUGGCGAAGAAAGAUAUGGCAUUGAAGCAUCACGCAGAGACAGAAUCCUGAGAACCUUAGUGCGGAAUUUAUUUACGUUCCAUUUGCAGGAAAUAUUUUUAACGAUUGUAAAUGAGUAUACCGAUUGGUCUAGACCAGUUCAACAUCCUGUCAAUAUUCUGGACGGAACUGUUGAUGCUUUAACAGAUGCUUUGGUCGUAGCUCCUGCAGUGAGUAGCGCAAAUUUGUUAUCGAAAAUGAGGCACAGGACAUUUCUGUAUGUAUUCAACUAUCCUACAGAAGCAAGUGACUACCCUCAAAGAUUGGUAUGUGUCCAUGGAGAAGAUAUUCCGUACUUGUUUGGAGCUCCUUUGGUUAAUAAUUUUGCUCAUUUUCCAAGUAAUUACAGCAAACCAGAAAUUGCUUUAUCGGAAGCAAUCAUGCUAUAUUGGACAAAUUUCGCCAAAUAUGGAGAUCCGAAUGUUGUUCACGACCUUGAAGCUCCAGAAAGAACAAGGGGCAGAUUUGAGAGAUUCAUUUGGCCAUUAUACGAUAGCGUUAAUCAGAAAUAUCUUUCACUUGCCAUGAAACCAAAAAUCAGGGAUCACUAUCAUGCCCAUAGAUUGUCAUUUUGGUUAAGUCUCAUACCAAAGCUCCAUCGUCAAGGAACGACUCCUGAUGUUGCUUCUCAACAUCAUCUACUAGAUGAUCAUGAUAAUCCACUCACUUAUGAUGGGAUUGUGCGUCAAGGACCAGUUCUGACUCCUAUAGGAAUGGCUCCCCGCCCUCCAACUUCGAAGCCUCGGCCCGUUCUACCAUCUCCAACUGUGAGUUCCGAAGCGAAAAUCGCUGUGACAUCAUCCCCUUCUGAAGCAAGCACUUUCUCAUCUCCCGAAGUAACCUCCACCCCAAACAUCCCAAAUGUUUCCGGAAGUAUGGCUUCUUCAGACUCAGUCGGAGUGCAGAAAGAUGGUUACUUGACAGCUUUGCGAGUCACAAUUAUCGUGGGAUGUUCUUUGCUCAUUCUUAACCUCUGCAUUUUCGCAGCGGUUUACUAUCAAAGAAACGAAAACCGAGCAGAACCAUCAGUCAGUGAAGACGAAAACUUCAAAAAUCUGCAAUGCUCUGAAUCUGACCCCCCAACUAUCAAGGCAACAAUACGAGCUCCGCCUCCUUCUCCCGACUUACAGCGAGCUUCGGAGCUCCCGCAAUUUAUCCCACCACCACCUAUUUUCGUUCCCUCACAAUCACCACCGAUGUCCCCAGGAUCGACUCCAACUUUCAUUCCUCUGCAAGAGACAGGCACUGGCAUCAAAAGCUCCCUCACGCAAGAAGGACAACAUGCGUGAGUCACGCUCACUUUCUAAUAACAUCUUGGACUUUUUUGCAAGUGGAUCCCAUCCUAGCAAAGUCCACUGGGCUCCUGAUGUGGGCUGUGAGGUAGACAGAGAUGCAGUGUGGCUCUGA